AUGACCCGCGGCAAGGCCAAAACAGGAACCCCCGUGCCAGUGCCCCGGGCUCCCUCCUUGUCUGCCACUCCCGCCCCGUCCCGCCCAAAGAGUCUGAUGGCGGCGCCCGCACGGAGGCGCCCGGCUGAGGGUGACCUUUGAGGAUGUGGCCGUAUACUUCUCCUUGGAGGAAUGGGAUCUCCUUAAUGAGGCUCAGAGACAUCUGUACCACGAUGUGAUGCUGGAGAACCUGGCACUUAUAACCUCCUUGGGUUGUUGGCAUGGAGCCCAGAAUGAGGAGGUACCUUCUGAGCACCGUGAUUCUUUACAAGGAGUGUCACAAGUCUGGACUCGCAAGGCAGGUGUGUCUCCCCAGAAGGCCCAUCCUUGUGAGAUGUGUGGUAUGGACUUGAGAGACAUUUUGCACUUGAUCAAGCACCAGGGAACACGUCAUGGGCAGAAACUGUGCAAGAUAGGGGCAUGUGAGAAGCAGUUGUAUGUCAGCGUGGAACUUCAGCAUCAGAAGCAGCACAUGGGAGAGAAGUGCUUCAGGAGCAACAUGGGCAGAGCCUCAGUUGUAAAGGACUGCAAAUUCUGUAUGUCAGGGAAACCCUUUUCCUAUGGAGAGGCUGUGAGGGACUUCCUAGCCAGCUCAGGAUUUCUCCAGCAUCAGGCUGCAUGCACCAAGGAGAAGACAAAGAGGAGAACUGAGUGUGGGGCAGCCUCUCACAGGGGAAAAACUAUACGUAACUCUGGAGAAUACACAAAAGACUUAAAUUGCAAACGCACACUUGUUGAACACCAGAGAGUUUUCACUAGAGAAAGAUGCUACAUGUGCAGUGAAUGUGGAAAGUCUUACAGCAAAAGCUAUAGCCUCAAUGACCAUUGGAGAGUUCACACUGGGGAAAAGCCUUAUGAGUGUGGGGAAUGUGGGAAGUCAUUUAGGCAAAGCUCUAGCCUCAUUCAACACCGGAGAGUUCACACUGGAGCAAGGCCUCACAAGUGUGACUUAUGUGGAAAAUUAUUUAGCAACAAGUCCAACCUCAUCAAACACCGAAGAAUUCACACUGGAGAAAGGCCUUAUGAGUGUAGUGAAUGUGGGAAAUCCUUUAGUGAAAGCUCUGCACUCCUUCAACACCGGAGUGUUCACACUGGAGAAAGGCCUUAUGAGUGCAGUGAAUGUGGGAAGUUUUUUACCUACCACUCCAGUCUCAUAAAACACCAGAGAGUUCACUCUGGAUCAAGGCCCUAUGCAUGCAAUGAAUGUGGAAAAUCCUUCACUCAAAACUCCAGCCUCAUUGAACACCGCAGAGUUCAUAGUGGAGAAAGGCCUUAUAAAUGCAGUGAAUGUGGGAAAUCUUUUAGCCAAAGCUCUGCGCUUCUUCAGCAUCGGAGAGUUCACACUGGAGAAAGGCCUUAUGAGUGCAGUGAAUGUGGGAAGUUCUUUACUUACAGCUCCAGUCUCUUAAAACACCAGAGAGUUCACACUGGAUCAAGGCCUUAUGAGUGCAGUGAAUGUGGGAAAUCCUUUACUCAAAACUCUAGUCUCAUCAAACACAGGAGAAUUCACACUGGAGAAAGGCCUUAUGAGUGUAGUAAAUGUGGGAAAUCUUUUAGCCAUAGCUCCAGCCUCAUUAAACACCAGAGAGUUCACACUGGAUAAAGGCCUUAGGUAUUGGAAUGUGGGAAGUUAUUUACCUUUAACUCCAGGCUCCUAAAACACUGGAUCACAUUGGAUGAAAGCCUUGAGUGUGGCAUUGUGAGAUAUCAUUUACCAAGAUCCAGCCUCAUUACAUCUAGAGCAGGGCUGUCAAACUCAUUUUCACCGGAGGCCACAUCAGCCUGGCAGUUGCCUUCAAAGGGCCGAAUGUAAUUUUAGGACUGUUUAAAUGUAACUACUCUGUAACAGUUAAGCGAGAGCUCAGCGUUGCCACCGGUAGAAACAAGGUGCCAGGCUGGAUAAAACAAGGUGGAAGGCCAGAUUUGGCCCAUGGGCCUUGUGUUUGCCACCUGUGAUCUAGAGAAUUCACAGUGGAGAAAGGUCUUGUAAGUGCAGUGAAUAUGAGAAGGCAUUCAGUCAAAGGACUUGCUGUAUUGGAUACCACAGAUUUCAAAUGGGAGAACUGCCUUAAUUGCAUAGGUAUAUACUAUAUUUUUGUUCAGUGAGCCAGCACUGGAGGAGGUCCUUUAUGAAGGUGCCAUUUGCCUGUAUUGAGCCUCAUACAUGUAAACAUCUAUAUAAAUUUCAGGUAUGUGGGAAUGGCAUUGCACUUUUUUACCAUGGCCAGAUUUAUGUCACUGGCAGUUUGUAGCAGAAGCCAUUUCAUGUCUACCUCCUCGCUGCAGCCCACAGUGUGCAACAUUUAUCCAUUCCAAAAUAUUCAGGAAGUAAGCCCCAGUGUGCUGUCACUUGCAGAAUGAUGCAUCAGUAACCUGAGCACUUAACUCUUUCCCAAUUUUUCCUCUCUGAUGAGUUAGUGCAUGGACCUUACCCAGUUUUGGCCUAGGGCACUGUUGGGACUACAUUUUUCAGGGAUAUUGUUGGUUUCAUGUGACUUUUGUGAUGGCAUUUUCUAGCCUCCAAGUCACCAACCCAGGAACUGUGCCUAUCAUUGCUCUUGUUUGUAUGACAAUAAAGGUCUUUUUAAUCUUGGGGGUUCUAGUCACUGUUCAGGGUGCUUUGAAAUUAACUGGGUUUGUUAGAAUGUGGGGUGAACAGCUUUGGUUGGGAUCCCAAACUGUGUGCCUCAGAGUGUAUAUAUAGUAUGAUGGUAGAAUAUACCUCUUCAAGUUUGGCCUAGUUUGCAUUGCUGCUCAGAGCCUUUAAGGAAAGACUGCAGAGCUUUGGACUCCUAUUUUGUAGCUUGGAUACCAUGACUUUUGUAGGUUCAGAGUUCAACCUGAGGAGGGGGUCCUUGUGACAACCCUCAGUGCUUCUGAGAGCAGUGUGAACUUGUUCUCUUCUUCACAGGGGGUAUUGUGUUGUGCUCAGCACUGGUGAGAGGACAUCUGUCCCACAGGUCCUGCAGCGGAGCCGUGGGCCCUGAUGUCCUGAAUUCUGUGGGAUAACGUCACUAGUUUUAAGAUUAUGGGGCCCAGGAAAAUGAUUGUUGUUAUAGAAACACUGGAUUAAUAGAGUGGAGGAAACUGCCAUAAACUGGUUAGCAGGCUCUGCCUUUAUUUAUUUGUGGACCUUUUCUGAAAGGUCCACGAUGUUUAGUACCUAUAGCUGUGAAGGAUGAGCGGGUACAGAUGUUCUCAGGCCCUCCAGGAACUAUGUAUCUUGUGUAGCUAAAGGUCCUGUCAGAGAAAAUGUAAAGGUUUGUGGGUUUCUGUGGCCCCUCUGAGCUGUUCACCUAAGAUCACCGUUGUGCAGAAACACAAGAAAGGAGAUCUCAGUUCAGCAAUGUGGUCUUCGUGACCUGGUCAGCGUUCCUGUGAGUAAAGUGGAAACACCCUUCAGUGUUCGCCUAUUUUUGCUGCCACUCAGGCAAGUGUCUGCCUCAUGAGGAGAGAGGAUGUGGAGUCAGUUCAGUUGCCAAGCCUGAUUUUCUAAAGGGUAAGAAAUCCAGACUUUAAUUUGAACCUAUUUUUCAAGUUUUAAUAAGGUAUAAACAACAUGCAAUAAUCUGUCCAUAUUUAAACUGUAUAAUUGUAUAAAUUUUGACAUUCAUGCAAACCCCUGAAACCAUCAGACAUAAUAAUAAACCUUUCCAUCACCCCUAUAUUUACCUUGUGUCCUUUAAUAAUCACUGUCCUCCAGGCAGCCACAGAUUUGCAUUUGUAAUAAUAGAUUGGUUUAUAUUUUCUAAAAUUUUAUAUGACUGAAAUCAUAAAGUGUUUAGUGUUUUCUUUGGGUGCCCUCAUGUGACAUAUUUAUUUUGAGAAUCAUCAGUGUUGCUUAUUUGAGUAGUUUAUUCUUUUUAUAUUGUUCACAAGCAUGUUACAUUAAUGUACCACCAUUCAUCUGUUUAUGGAUAUUUUAAUUGUUUCUAAUUUUGGCCAUUGCAAAAACUGGACAAAGCUCAUAUUGAUAUGUUUCCUUUCUCAUGUUAAUACUGUGAAGUGCAAUACCCGAGUCCGAGUAAACAUGAAUGUAUAACUUUAAGAAACACCAAACUGUCAUCUAAAAUGAUUGUUCCUUUUGUAUUUUUACCAGCAGUGUAUACAGGUUCCACUUCUCGCAUGGCCUUGCUAAUAGUGCAUAGGCCUGGUCUUUUAAAAUUUUGAUCCUUUUAGUAAAUGUGUAGCAGUAUCUCACUCAGAUUUUGCAUGUCCCUGGUAUUUCAUGAUGCUGAGCAUAGCUAAUGUACAAAAAAUAUGGGGGGAUGGUGAGUAUGUUAAAUGGUAUGAAAGAAAUCAACAAGCCAACUUUAGAUAGUGGCAAAUUCUAAUGAACAAAUAAAUGGGUUAGCACCUUCACAAAUGUGUGACUUCAGUCACUAAAUGCCGUAUAACUUAAGUCCAUACAGUUUUAAAUUUCUGCCAUUAUUUCAAGGCAGAGCUCCUUAUGGCCUACUGCUUUCCCUUCUGGUGGACCCCCCUUGUAGACCCUCCUCCCCCUUGAGUCAGCCUCACUGAGACUCUGCUCUGCCCUCAGCCCCAUCCCUCUCCUCUCUCAUUUCAGGAUUUAUCUGAGAGUAAAGUCUAUGAUUCUCUGCUCUCCCAGUCUGAGCACUAGGCUGGGUCCAAGUGUCAGGGCCCCUCCCCAGAAUUCGAGAACUGUGAAUCCAGUUGUCCAUGUGCCACCUCCACCUUUGGGACAUCUCAGAUUCACCAUGUCCAAAAUCCAACUCAUAAUAUUACCCCUGAAUCCUGUUCCUACCACCAAAUUACCCAUCUCCAUUCUUCUAGAUGUUCAGACAAAAAAAUCUAGGGUGGUUAUUUACUUCUUACCUUCAUUCACAGCCACAUCUGAUGUAGCAGGAAAACCUAUCAGUUCUGUCUUUAAGCUCCAUCAAGAAUCUGCACUUAUCCCCACUCUACUCCCACCUCUCUGGCCCACCUGAAAUAGACUAGUAAGCCAGGACAAGAGGUAUAGGGAAACUGAGACAGUUAAAUACCCAAGGAGGUUACAGCCUUCUUAGUAAAUUGCAAAAUCCUAUCUUGCCUAAUCAAGGACACUUAGGAGUCAAUGGUUUAUACUUCUCCCCAACCAGAGGUUAAAUAGCUUAAAUCACCCUACUCAGGGAGAUAGAUAGCAGAAAUGCAAUUAGUGCCAUUUGCCAACCACCUCCAAAGACAGAUGUAGUUAAGGGGAUAAAUCUCAUUUUGGCACAUCAGCACAAAGCUGGUGAAUAUCCUAUUGAAAUCCAUAUGACCUCCCCUAAACUGCCAGCCUUUAAAAACCCUCAAAAUGAAGGACCCAGUGUACACUAUCCCUCUAGGCAGCACACCCAUGCCUUUCCCUCCCCCCUCUUUACCUAAACACUAAGGGACUCCAUGAGACUUGGAACAAGGAAGCAAUGGGCAGCAGUAGCUGUCCCAGGCUAACCCCCUGAACCUGCCUCCCUGGUGCCCUUUUCUCUUGACUUCUCUGUGAGCCAAAGCAGCCCCACCUAGGCUCACUUUCCUUCUCCUGUUGCUUCUGUAAGUCCUUCCUUGUUUCACUGUCCCCAGCUUUA